AUGCCCAUUAAGCUCCUCCCGCAUCUCCGCCUCCUCAACCCUUCUCUCCCGGUCACCCGUUUUCCUCUCAUGAAGCUCGGACCCUUGGCCCAGUCCUCUCGGGCCGUACCCGUUAUCUCUCGGGUCUUCCCGUUCAGGCUUAGGUAUUCGGCGUCUGGGUCUCGUAGUUUACGCAAUGAACAAGUUGGUCUAGUACGACGAUUAUCGACCCGGUCGUUGAGGACCGGGUCGGGCGCCGGGUUCAGGGCGGGUCGCGAGGGACGGGAGGCUCGGGCUCCCAAGAGCUUGGUCGAGGAUGAGGCGGACCUCAGUGACUGGGUCGGCGAGUUGAGGACCGACUCCUUCCGCGGCAAACUCACCAGCGACGACGAAGCCUCGGACGCGAAUAGAGUUCGGAGUAGAACGGGGGGGAGAGGUGGAGAAAAGGGCAGGGACUCAUUCCCGAUGAAGCGGAGGAGGGAGGGGGACUCGGGCGAGUUUCGUGAGUCGACUCGGAGCAGAACUCGUAACCAGGACUCGUUUUCGAAGAUUUCACCAACGGUUAGGCGGUUUGACGAUGAGGAGGAAGGUAUUUCUCGUAGGAGGAACAAUGGGUCUCGAGGUGGGUAUGUGAAUGCGAAUGGGAACUCUUGGAUGGGAAAGAGAGGUGGGAGAGAUACGGGUUCACCAGCUGUUAGGCGAUUUGACGGUGAGGAGGAAGGUUUUUCUCGUACAAGGAAUCUAGGGACUCGAGGUGGGAAUGUGAACGCGAUGGGAAGAAGAGGUGGGAGAGAUACGGGUUCCCCAGUUGUUAGGCGUUUUGACGAUGAGGAAGAAGGUUUUUCUCGUACAAGGAAUAAUGGGUCUCGAGGUGGGAAUGCGAACUCUUUGAUGGGAAAGAGAGGUGGGAGAGAUAUGGGUUCAGGGCAUGCACGAAAUGGAGGAAAAGGCAUGAAUGAUUCGAGGAAGCAACCGCGUUGGACGGAUGGUGAUGAUGAUGUUGAUGAGGAUGUUGAUGCGCUGAGGGGUGGCAUUGGGGCUUUGCUUAGUGAGGAAGAUAGUGAUGCUGAAGAUGACGAUGAUGAUGGUGAAUUGUUGAAGGAGAGUGCGAGCUCUUUGUUUGAAUCGGAUAAGGGAGCGAGCACGAGCACGAGCACUAGCACGAGGGCUCCACCAAGGAGUUCAUCUGGACAGUCUGACUCGUAUUUAAGUGAGACUCGGGAACAACUCCCUUAUAGGGAGUCUGCUGAGAAUGCUCUAGUCUAG